AUGGCCUCUCAAAACAGUCUGCGGCAAGCAUCGCGUAUAUUGCAGAACAGCAGGUUGCAUGUAAAGCCCACGCAAAUACGGCAUUAUUCGGCACAAUCACUCCUCACCUCGAGACCGUCAUCAAGGAUACAUCACUCGUCCAUACGAGCCUUUCCCAGCAGAUCUAUACAGCAGACCAGAGGCUUCUCGUUAUGGCCUUCCUCAAAGCCGGCGGAUAUACCUCAUUCCGAUGUUCAAAUAACAACACCUUCGGACCUUGAUCAAGUCCGUACAAUCAAAGCCAACAACACCUCCGCAGAAAUUUCCUUCGAAUCGCAUCCUCCGAACAAUUUCGAGCCUCAAAUAAUUGAAAACGCCCAACAGGGCCUACUAGAGCCUCAUGGGACCGAGCCCGUGGUAGUGGCUCUCGAAGACAUCCCGGAGAGAAUAGGCUACCUCCGUGAAGUAUGUGGUCUGGACUUUGGUUGGGGCCCAACUUCGACUAUGGAAUGGGUUCUGGAGCACCUACACAUUUGGGGUGGUCUAUCCUGGACCGCUGCGAUCGUAGCACUUGGUUUCACCCUGCGAGCGACUAUGCUGCCAUUCCUGAUACAGUCCGCCGAUAUGUCCGCGAAGAUGCGCGAAGUGAGUGCUGUGACUGAGCCGAUCAAGGCCAAGUACAAACUGGCGGCGAUGCAAAGAGACCAGAUGAAGAUGCAACAGUACAUGAUGGAACAGCGUGCUAUUUACUCGGAUGCGGGAAUCAAGUUCAGCAAGUUGAUAUACCCUCUCGCCAUACAGCUGAUGUUUGGUUUCGGCGCAUGGCGAACACUUCGUAAUUGCGCUACGCUGCCGGUGCCUGGCUUCGUGACGGAGUCCUGGCUAUGGUUGAAUGAUCUGACCUUUAGUGACCCCUACUUCAUAUUACCUGCCGUCUCUAGUGGUCUGAUCUUCAUCACUAUGAGAACCAACACCAAAGUCAACAUGCCUAGCAGUUCCUCUGCUGCCGCCGCGGGAGGUCUGGCAAAUCCGCACAUGAUGAACAUCAUGUCAUACUUCCUACCGUGUUUGUCAUUUGUCUUCAUGGUCUGGCAGCCAGGUGCAGUCCAGGCCUACUUCGUCGCCUCUUCAGCAUGCGGUCUGGCCACCGCAAAACUCCUCGCCUCAAACCCCUUCCGCAGACUCGUCGGUAUUCCACCCGUCGGUGGACAUACGCCUCAAUCAGCCCAUCCUGGCCCUAACGUCGACGGUCCGGCCGGAGCCACCAGCUCAAAACCACAACCCAAACCCUUCCUCAGAGAAAGAAGUCGCGUCAUCGAAACCACGGGCCGCACCGUCCCUACAGAACAACCGACACCAUCACAAUCCGCCGAACCACAGCCGAACAUCUCAGCAAUAGAUAAAGGCGUAGACAGCAUUAAGAAAAGAUGGGACGAAAUCAAGAGCAGUUCUCAGAAAAUGACUCUGUUUGGAUCGACGCCUGAGCAGAGGGCGAAAGAGAAUCAGAAAGCUGCGAAUGAGAGAGCGCUGGCGCGGAGAAAGGCGGAGUUGGAGGCUUUGAGGCGGGAAAGUAAUAGAGAAUUGGGUGUUGAAGAGGAGGAGGAGGAUGAUAGUGAUGACAAAAGGAGGAGAAGACGGUGA